AUGGCUGCAAACGGACAACCAGCAUCGCUUCAAAAACUAGCACAGGUCAAUGAACAAACAUGGCUGCAAUUAGGCGAAGUAGCUGAAAUGAUGCAAGAUUACGAGCGAGCAAUGAAUGCAUACGAAUCAGCGCUUCGUCAAAAUGCAUAUUCUAUUCAGGCGUUGGGUCACAUAGCAGCUCUUUGUAGAGCAAGAGAACAAUUUCCAAGGGCUGUCGAGUUCUUUAAUCGCAUCUUGAAUAUUGAUCAGACUAAUGGUGAAAUAUGGGGUGCUUUAGGUCAUUGCUAUCUAAUGAUGGAUGAUCUACAAAAAGCAUACAGUGCGUAUCAACAAGCACUUUAUCACUUACCAAAUCCAAAGGAGCCAAAACUCUGGUAUGGUAUCGGUAUACUAUAUGAUCGAUAUGGUUCUCUUGAUCACGCCGAGGAAGCAUUUUCACAAGUGAUGUCUAUGGAGCCAAAAUUCGAAAAAGCAAAUGAAAUUUAUUUUCGACUCGGUAUUAUUUAUAAACAGCAGCAGAAGUACGAGAUGAGUUUAGGGUGCUUCAAAUAUAUUCUUCAUAAUCCACCACGACCACUCACCGAAGUAGAUAUUUGGUUUCAAAUUGGGCACGUAUAUGAGCAGCAAAAGAAUUAUCCAUUAGCGAAAGAAGCAUACGAACGUGUCCUCAACGAUAACCCAAAUCAUGCAAAAGUGUUGCAGCAGCUCGGUUGGCUUUACCAUCAACAGAACACUAAUUUCGGGAAUCAAGAUUUAGCGAUCAAUUAUUUGACCAAGUCGUUAGAGUCUGAUGGUAAUGAUGCUCAAUCGUGGUAUCUACUUGGACGCUGCUACAUGGCACAGCAAAAAUACAAUAAGGCAUAUGAAGCUUAUCAGCAAGCUGUGUAUCGUGAUGGACGUAACCCCACUUUCUGGUGUUCUAUCGGAGUGUUAUACUAUCAAAUAAAUCAGUUCCGAGACGCAUUAGAUGCUUACAGCAGAGCCAUUCGUCUAAACCCAUACAUCAGCGAAGUAUGGUACGACCUCGGUACUUUAUACGAGUCGUGCAACAACCAAAUAAGCGAUGCGUUGGAUGCCUAUCAACGAGCUCACGAACUAGACCAGGACAAUCCACACAUUAAACAACGUUUACAAUUGCUCAGAAAUCAACAACAACAAGGUGGGCAAACUACUGCUCCGGUCCCACAAGACGUGAAUCCACAAGCGUAUAAUAAUAAUUCGCCGUCGAUGAUGAACAAUCCACCGCCACAAUUUGCUCAUCCGACUCCUGGGCCACCAGGUCCUCCAGGUUUAGGAGGUUACGGGAGAAUGGAUAAUCGACAGACACAUCCUCCUCCACCUUUGCCUGUUAACUUCCCGAAUAAUAUGCAAGGUAGUGGACGUGACUUGCCUCCUAUGAAUACAAGUCGUCGAAGUCCAGGUCCGUCUGGUCAAUAUAAUCAUCCGCCUUUGCCUCCUCAUAUUCGCGGCGAACCAACUACGCCUCCAAAUCAACACCAUACUUUGAAUCCAAUGAUGCCACCACCUCAACACGAUAAUCGUCAAUUAGGUCAGCAAUCACAAGCUCCACCCUCGACUCCACAAUUGCGUAUGGAAAAGCGUGUUUCUCCUUCUCCGCAGAUUCCUCCUAUUUCUGAUUCCCGUAGCAAUCGUGGAUAUUCUCCUCAAUUAUCUGAGCCUCAAUCAUCCGUCCGCCCAUCUUAUACUUUGGCAUCACCAAAAUUACCAGGUCCCGAACAAUAUUCAUCACCUAUUUUGCCUCCUCAUCAGUCUUCUCAUCAGCAACCUCAUUCAUCACAUUCUGCAUCCCACCACGAUAUUCUUCAUGAUCGUCGCGAUGAAAUUUAUGAUCCAACAAAAAUAAAGGGGGAAGAUAAACAUAACAAUGGUAUUCCGCCUUAUCAUAUUAGUGAACAACCGCCACCAAUAGCUAAUAACCAUGAUAGCCAUUCAUCACAUCAUCAUAACCAUCAAUAUCGAGAUUCACAAAUGAAACCUGAAGACACUUCAGUUGAUGGCGUCUCGAAUAAUAUCGUUGAGCAUGGUCCACCAUCAAGAGUACCACCUCCACAGCAGAUUUUGAAUGCUCCGCCUCAACCACCACUUGAUCAUGUAGUUGGUCACCGGAUACAGGAACAACCAGUUGACGAUGAGAAAGUUGGUAGUGGAAAUGUGGUCCCUUCGAUUCAUACAUUUCAACAGGAAGAAAUUCACGACAGAAGAAGAUCAAAUUCAAUAAACCUCCCGGAAUUAAAAGUCCCUGAAACACCAACUCCAAGAACAUCUUUGCCACAUGAUUCACCGAUGAGAGAAAAUGGCCCUUUCCCGCCUCCACAACAUUUAAAUCGAGUUGAACUUCAUAAACCAAAUAUCUUGAAUGAAGAAACAAGUCCUCGAUCACCAUCUGAAUCGCCUGGUCUAUCUCGUAACACGGAUAAUAAUGGAGUCGCAACUUCUCCAAGUAGUCCGUUGGAUACUACUGAUAAUGUAAAACUUUCAGGUCUUGGAAAUUUUCGUACACCACCACCAAAUUCGGAUAGAAACGUACUUAACUCACCUGUCGUUUCUACAUCCUCGCGGCAGGUAGACGAAGAUUAUGAUGACACAGCUAAUGUUUUAAUUAGUAUACGUGGUGAAACACCUGUAACUGCUACCUCGAGCAACUCACCAGUCAAUAAUUCAUCACCAACUACCGUAAUUAGUGGGCAAAAGAGACCUUAUAGUCCUCCAAAAGGUGAUAUAGAUAUAGAAGAUCGAUCACGCGAGGAUGUGAAUACAAAAAGAAGCAAAAAUUCGCCAAGGGCUUCUUCCGUGACGGAAGAAUCACACUCUAUUUCCUCGUUAUCUUCGUCUCAUCAAGAACGUGAAAGAAGUGAUCGUGGUGAACGAGGAAUAGAACGUGACCGUGAUCGUGACCGUGAAAGAGAUCGUGAUCGAUCUGAACGCGAUCGUGAUCGUGAUAGAGACCGCUCUGAACGCGACAGAGAGCGUGACAGAGAAAGGGAUCGCGAUCGAACUGAUCGAUCCGAACGAGAACGCGACCGUGAUAGGGAACGAGAACGGGAAAGAGAAAGAGAUCGUGACAGAGAUCGUGAUCGCGAGCAAAGAGAUCGUGAGCGAGAAAGAGAUCGUGACCGUGAUCGCGACCGAGAAAUACGAGAACGUCGAAAAUCGGAUCAAAGCGGAAAUGGUAGUAAUUCCCAUUCCCCAACUACUCCUUAA